AGAUAAGAUCUGUUACGAUAAUCCCACGUGACAUUGAUAGAGAAAGAGUGGGCAUGGUGGUAAAGUUGAAAACAAAAAUGAAAAGGUUGAGACGAGGUGAGUGAGAGAUGAAUCCAGAAUCACAGUCAACUUAACGUUUACUCAACCUAACUUGUUACUACUAUCGAUGCUCUCUCAUUUUUCUCUUUCUUCAUUCUGAUGAUGAUGACGAUGAUGGGGUUCAAGAGUGUGAACUUGAUCUAUUAUGCACUCUUUCUUACCAUUCUUGUAAACGUCAAUGCUUCAAUUCAUCACUACAACAACGAACCCUUCACUCACCGUUCCAACGCUUUCUUCUUCCACGCUGGAACAGAAGCUAUCUUCUCCUCUUCUUCGUCUUUCAUCAGGUUCGAAACAAUGUCGUUCAACAGACCCAGAGAAUCUGUUAUCUCCUAUGGCCAAAUGCAAACCCAUACUGGUCUUGUUGAAGCAAUUAUUCUUGAAGUUAAAGACAAAAACAGAAUCGGUGGGUUCUAUUUUAAUCCCAAGUCUGAUUUAAUUUGUUGUACCCCUGAUCUUGCUAAAGAAUAUAACUGUAAUGUUGGUGAAGUUAUCAUUCAUAAUAAUCCUGAUAAUCCUGACUUUCCCAAACGGAUCAAAACCUUCUUCCGAGGAAUCAGUGAAGUUGCUCAUAUGGAUCUUCAAACUGUUGAAAUCAAUGCUACUGGGAUGUAUUAUCUUUACUUCAUGUUUUGUGAUCCUAACCUGAAAGGGACUACUGUUACAGGAAAAACUGUAUGGAGAAAUCCUAAUGGUUAUCUUCCUGGUAAAAUGGCACCUCUUAUGACCCUUUACGGUUUCAUGUCUUUGGCUUAUCUGUUACUUGGUCUUCUAUGGUUUUUGAGGUUUCUUCAGUUUUGGAAAGAGAAGGAUAUUAUUCAUGUUCACCUUCACUACCACAUUACUGCUGUUAUUGCUCUUGGAAUGUGUGAGAUGGCUUUAUGGUAUUUUGAGUAUGCCAAUUUCAAUGUUACUGGUAGUAGGCCUAUGGGAAUUACCAUAUGGGCGGUUACUUUCACCUCUGUUAAGAAGACACUUUCGAGGCUGCUUCUGCUUGUUGUAUCUAUGGGAUAUGGUGUUGUUCGUGCUACACUUGGCGCGCAAGGGGUUGCCCAUAGAGUUGUGCUUCUUAGGGUGAUGCACUUUGUUGCAUGUGAAACGUUUGAGCUUGUUGAGCAUUUGGGGAACAUCAAUGACUUCUCUGGGAAAUCUAAGUUGCUGUUGGUACUCCCUGUUGUUUGCCUUGACUCAUGCUUCAUUCUAUGGAUCUUCUCUUCCUUGUCUAAAACCUUGGAGAAACUGCAGGCAAUUACCAAUUUCACUUCCUUUCCAUAUUCUUCAGUGCUGUUUUAUGAUUGUAAUAAUAACCAAUUAACCACUGCCACUAAUCUCUGUUUGGGUUGUGUUUCUUUUUUGGGAAAGAAAUAGUUGUUUACCAAGGUUUAAGGUGUAUAUAAUGUGGAAUAGGGGCAUUUUAUGGACCCUUUU